UCACCCCGCUGAUAUGAACAUGCCCUCGCGCUACUGCGGGAGCAGGAAGUGCUCCAAUAGAAAAUAUAUGGAUUGUAAUUCACGCGGUUUCAGGAUGAGUGGUGAAGAUUCAGGGGAGGUGACUGCGCUGGUGUGUCAGGAGUCUGACCUGAAGGAUGGAGAGAUGAAGGAAGUCUGUGUGGAGGAGCAGAAGGUGUUGCUGGUCCGUACAAAUGGCCAGUACAGUGCAGUCGGGAGCAGGUGUUCCCACUACAGUGCCCCCCUGAUUAAAGGUGUCCUGGUGGGUGACAGAGUGAGAUGUCCCUUCCAUGGGGCUUGUUUCAGCGUCACGACUGGUGACAUCGAGGAGUACCCCGGCCUGGACUCCCUCCCCAAGUAUAAGGUGAAAGUUCAAGAUGGCAACGUGUAUGUUUCCAUCAAUAAAGAGUCCCUGAAGGCAACGAAGCGAGUCAAGGAGAUGUGCACCGUCAGGAAGGACCUGGCACAUACUAGUGUGCUGAUCGGUGGCGGUCCGGCCUCACUGGUUUGUGCUGAGACACUCCGGCAGAACAACUACCAGGGUCGAAUCAUCAUCAUCACCAAAGACACCCUGCCUCCGUUUGACAAACCUAAGCUGAGUAAGGCGUUGGAUGUGGACAGCAGCAAGAUCAUCCUCCGACCUGCAGACUUUUUACAGCAGUGUGGGAUUGAAGUGUGGACUCGGAAAGAGGUGGUCUCUGUGAGCCCGACUGAGAAGACGGUGAAGCUGAGCGACAGCACGUCUCUGCGUUACGACCAGCUGCUUGUUGCCACAGGCUGCAGGUCUAGACCUCUGAACUGUCCUGGGAAAGACCUGAAGGGAGUGAAGUUGCUGCAGAGUUAUGAAGAUGCCAAAGAGAUCCACAGCUUGGGCGUGGGUCGGAAGGCUGUGGUCGUUGGAGCUUCAUUCAUAGGGAUGGAGGUGGCAUCUUACUUGUCUGACAAAGCUGCCAGCGUGGCCCUCGUUGGAUCCUGCAGCUUCCCCUACGAGCGUUCACUGGGCCCAGAAAUCGGCAAGAUGACUAAGGAGAUGUUGGAGGAGCACAAUGUCAAGUUCUACAUGAAUGACAGCGUGGUGGAGAUCAGGGGAGAGAAUGGACAGGUGAAGGAGGUGGUGCUGAAGAGUGGGUUGGUCCUGGAAGCUGAUCUUGUGGUUGCAGGAAUUGGUGUCAUCCCAAAUUCAGACCUCUUGGCUGGAUCUGGGGUGGAAGUGGACUCCAGGAAAGCCGUCGUCGUAGACAAGUUCAUGAGAACCAACAUCCCGGAUAUUUUUGCGGCUGGCGACGUCACGUCUUUCCCUCUGACCAUCCGGGGUGACCAAAGGGUCAACAUAGGUCACUGGCAAAUGUCACAAGCCCAUGGAAGAGUAGCUGCGCUUAACAUGCUUAACAAACCGACCGAGAUCAAUUCCGUCCCUUUCUUCUGGACUGUGCUGCUGGGCAAGAGCAUCAGAUACACCGGCUACGGAGAAGGAUACACCGAAGUCAUCUUCAAGGGCAAAGUGGAGGAAAGAAAAUUUUUGGCCUUUUAUAUCAAAGAUGAGGUGGUGGUCGCCGGCGCCAGUUUUAUGUUUGAUCCUCUCGUCGCCCAGCUCGCGGAGCUGAUGGCGGCAGGGCAGCGGAUAACGAAGACCCAAGUUCAAGCUAAAGACCUGAGCUGGCUGCAGAAGUGACGGCACACUGCAUCCAGCAGCCACGCAGCAGAAGAUGCCUUUCCCUCGACUCGUGCCAUAUUUUAUAGCUUUAAUUCCUAACUCAGGUUUGUUGGGCAGCCAACUGAGGUAACAGUGGACAAACCCUGUGGCUCACAUGUCUAUCACUGCCAAACACUGAGCUACACAUCAUGCAAUAAAGUCAGAACUGCUUCAACUUUGGUCGU